GCGACGACAAGGUGGAAUACAACAACAACAUUGGCCGCACCAAAUGGCUCCAUUCAAUUUGGAUGCAUGUAUCGAACAACUACUACGCAAGCAGCUUUUGCACGAGGCGCUCCUCCGUGAAAUCUGCGAGAAGACGAAGGAGGUCUUGAUGCGUGAGUCAAACGUCGUGCAUGUCAGUGCUCCCGUUACUGUCGUCGGAGACAUUCAUGGUCAAUUCUAUGACCUUGUCGAGAUCUUUCGGAUAGGCGGAUACGCUCCGCAUACGAACUACCUGUUCCUCGGCGACUAUGUCGACCGUGGUCUGUUUAGUGUCGAGACGAUAUCGCUCCUUACUUGCCUCAAGUUACGUUACCCUGAUAGGGUGCAAUUAAUCCGGGGUAAUCAUGAAUCGAGAGCCGUGACCCAGUCUUAUGGCUUUUACACCGAAUGCGUCCGAAAAUAUGGCUCCGCACACGUAUGGACAUACUUCACGGACAUGUUUGAUUUCCUGACGCUGUCAGUUGUCAUUGACGACCAAAUUUUCUGCGUGCAUGGAGGGUUAUCACCGUCCAUUCAUUCGAUUGACCAGAUUAAAGUAGUGGAUAGAUUCCGAGAAAUCCCACACGAAGGUCCAAUGGCAGACUUAGUUUGGUCGGAUCCAGACCCCGACAAAGAAGACUUUGCCAUCUCACCCCGUGGUGCCGGGUAUACGUUUGGCUCCGGUGUCGUACGCAAAUUCUUAGAUAUCAAUAACAUGUCGCAUAUCCUCCGUGCACACCAACUUUGCAUGGAAGGCUUUAGCGUCUUAUUCGAGAAUCACCUGUCGACGGUUUGGUCCGCGCCUAACUAUUGUUAUCGAUGCGGGAACUCUGCAAGUAUCUUGGAAGUCGGACCUGGUGGCGGUAUGCAUUUUAACGUUUUCGAAGCGGCGCCGGAGAACGAACGCGACGGACCUGGGCAACAACAGCUCAUGCAGAACGGUGGCAAUAAGCUCCCGGAAUACUUCUUAUAAAAGACUAAUGAAAGCUAAAAAGCUUGAGAUGGACGUGAGCACGCCAUCUUAGCGAGCAGGCCGUCCAUAUGUCCAACCAAUCAUAUGGCUGCGUAUAUGCUUCUUAGCUCGACACUAAAAGCUUACAAUGACGGAGCUAGACGUGGAAUUGGACACCACGCACCACGAGUUGCGUUACCUCGAGCAGUCCGCGCUUCCUAGAAUGGGGCACUCAGUCAACUUCGCGUUCGCGGCUUCUCCGCUGAGUUUACACGACCAUAUGGUGACUUCCCGCGUCUUGCUUACGCCUUCACUCCAUCGUUGUCCGGCAUUUUCUCCGCAUGUGAUGACACACGUCGGAAGUGGCAUCACUAAAUAGCAUCUUACCUCCGACACACAAGCAAACACAAUUCCAGGCCAGUAGCCACUAUGGCAUCCCCGCUAGGCAGACUGUUACUAGAGGUCCGCUCCUACCGACGAGAUUCAGGUUGCUGUUCAUGUCUGAGGAGCAUCACAAUUAUUCUUAUUUGGUCCGAACGUAGAAGGUAUAGAGUUCUGACAAUGACACGGUUAUGUGCGAACAAUAAU